AUGUUGAAAGCCACGUCCUUCAGACAGCCAUGUAGGUCUUUUUCAGUUCUGAAAAGUUUGAAAACAGGACAUCAAUCUACUUCGCAUUCUUCAGAACCUGUGAAGAAAUUUAAGGCAAUGUCCAGAGCUCAACAAGCUUAUCUGGACCGUGCCGUUCGCGUUGAUCAAGCAGGUGAACUUGGUGCAAAUUACAUUUAUGCAGGUCAAUAUUUUGUCCUGGCUAACAAGUAUCCACACCUGAAGCCUGUUCUUAGACAUAUGUGGGACCAAGAGAUUCACCACCACAACACUUUCAAUGAUUUGCAAUUGAAACGGCGUGUGCGGCCAAGCUUAUUGACUCCUCUAUGGAAACUAGGCGCCUUUGCAUUGGGUAGUGGGACGUCUCUUAUUUCUCCCGAAGCGGCAAUGGCAUGCACAGAAGCUGUGGAAACAGUGAUAGGUGGGCAUUAUAACGAUCAGCUGCGCUGUUUAAAUAACCAAUACGAGUUAGAGGGGGUUGAUGGAACUAAGGGGCAAAGUAUGGAAUUAAAAUCACUUACAGGGACUAUAAAGCAAUUUAGAGAUGAAGAGCUUGAACAUUUAAACACUGCGGUGGAGUACGAUUCUCACAAAGCAGUUCCUUAUAUGUUGUUAACGGAGGGCAUCAAGACCAUUUGCAGAGCAGCCAUUUGGACAGCUGAAAGGAUAUAA